GCGAGGGCGGUUGCGCAGGGAAGCGGGAGGUGGUUGGCUGGAUGCUAUUCGCUUUACAUAAUCAAACAUUUACUGUGAUUUCUUGAAAAGACGUCGCGCUUCAUCACCGCUUAAUUAAACCACCCAACACCAUUAUUAAACAGCCAACACUGUCACGUGAGCUUGCAUUUCUUUAAGGCAGGGCUGGAACAGCAAAGUCGGGGUGCGCGGCGGCAGCAGAAACAAUCGUCCGCAUCUUCUUCCCCGGACAGUCGUUCAGUGGACUGGACUGCGGUGCUGCUGUGCGUGAUUGAGGGAGCCCUGCCCUGCUGCACACCCGCAGCUCGUUCGGGAUCUGUAAACACUGUCGCCAGAGAAUGAGUGCGGAGGAGAAUCCCGCUGCUGAACCUGCACCUGUGACCGACGUGCAGGGUGAUGGACGCUGGAUGUCACAGCAUAACCGGUUUGUGCAGGAGUGUAAGGAUGCAGAGCCUGAUGUUCUGUUUGUGGGGGACUCAAUGGUGCAGCUUAUGCAGCAGUACGAGGUGUGGAGGGAAUUGUUUUCCCCUCUCCAUGCUCUUAAUUUUGGGAUUGGUGGAGACACAACCAGUAAUGUGAUGUGGAGACUACAGAAUGGAGAACUGGAGAACAUCAGACCCCGAGUUGUGGUUGUAUGGGUAGGAACUAAUAACCAUGAGCACACUGCAGAUCAGGUUGCAGGAGGAAUACUCGCUAUUGCACAGUUACUUCUGUCUCGCCUCCCCAAGUCCAAAAUGAUUGUUUUGGGCCUAUUGCCGAGAGGAGAGUUUCCAAACCCCCUGAGAGAGAAAAAUGCAUCCGUGAACAAUUUACUUCGAGCAUCGCUCCCUCGACUCGGCCCCAUACAGUUUCUCGACAUGGGGAGUAGUUUUGUUCACUCGGAUGGGACUAUUUCCUCUCGAGACAUGUUCGACUACCUGCAUCUCACCGCUAGUGCUUACAGGACCAUUUCAACAACUCUCCACGAGCUGCUGCUUCAACUUCUGGAGGAAACGCCUCAGGAGAGGAGGGCUUCACUGGUUUAAAAAGCCCACUUUGAUUCAUCACUGGAGAGGCAGCGUUUUAGAAAAGUUGCAUAUUAAGGAUGUACUUACUAAAAGAUUGGGCAACAUGCGAAACAAAAAGGCUACGUAGGACAGUGGCUGAUUUUAUAUGAUCAGUAUAAAAUGUGUAUAUGUUGUCCAAGAUGCUAGACACUAGGAGAAUGAAGAGUAGAUGUUUGUGACAAGACUAGAUUUUUCUUAGGACAGCAGUGGGACCUGAAUCUCAUCAAAAUCCCAUCGUCACGGUCUAAAAAUCCUUUAAUAGUAGCACUUACUCUGCCAGCUUCUCCGUGCCUUCAUACAUGCACUCGGUCACACUCACAGCGGUGUUAUGAUGAUAGUUCACAACAGAGAGAUCAUGCCUUUGAAAUAUCUGUCUUGCUUCUAUUUUUCAGUUCACAGAUGCAUCUCAAACCUUCUCUUUUCCUUUUGCCCUUUCAUAUUCCCAGUAACACAAAUAUGAUAUAUUAGAGACUGGAGUGAUCAAACCAUGUCAUUCCUUGUGUGUUUGCGAGUUUGAAGUGAGAAAGCCCCUCCUAAGGGAUAGUUCACCCAAAAAUGAAAAUCUACUCAUUUACUCAUCAAGAUUAUGGAGGUAAUAAUAUGCCAAAACAAUCUGAAAUUGAAUUGUGUUCAUUUGAAUCAUUGACUAAAUAAAUCUGAAAUUUUAAAUGCUGUUAAAAAUGGUGUUUUAAAUUUGAUUUUCUUCAUUUGAAUUUCAUAAUUCUUAAUAAUAAAACCAAAAGCAGCCUUCCCUAUACUUAAAGGUAAAAAAAUAUGAAUUUAAUUUUACACAAGGCUAUAUGUACGGUAGAUAAAAUAUUUUUUUAAACCUAUUUCCAGACCCUCCCAAACCCCCCAUUCUCAUAAUUCACACCCUGUAAUCCGUCCAUAACCAUGAAUCAAGCAGAGGUGAGUGAAGCUUAGUUUGACUUUUCGGUGAUCAUCUACUCUUCCCUGUUGGUCACCCCUGACUAAUUUUCUGCUUAAUCUGAAUUGCUGGUUUUGAAUUUUAGGAUAUUGAUGUUCUAAAUUUCUUUAUCUUUAAAACCUGAAACUGUAUUUUUACAAACCCAAUAUCUGCAGUCUAGGAAAUCAGAACAGUUUGAAAAUGCGUCUAUAAAAAUAUUCAGUCGUCUUAAAUUUCAGAUGUUCAAAAAUCAAAUUUUGACAUUCUAAUUCAAUUUAAGAAAAAAAAAAAUUCAAAUUCAAAACUAUUUUAAUAGCAUAUAAAGAUUCAGAUUCAUUAACUUACAAUUGUCAAUACUUCAAAUGAACAAUUCAAAUUCAUAUUGUUUUAGCAUAUUAUUAGCUCCAUACAAGAUCCUCAAGUGAUUACAAACCAUUGAGUUUCUUUCUUCUGUUAAAUGCAAAAGAAGACUGUUUGAAGAAAACUGAAACCCAUUUGAGAAUUAGCCACCAUUAAUUUCACGCUAUUAAUAAGUCUAAAUGUCAGUGCCAGUGAUGUAGUGGUUAGUGCGUCGACACAUGCACAUGGGUGCUCAUGGCGACCCAAGUUGGAUUCCGCCUCGCGGUCCUUUGCCGAUCCAUCCCCUCUCUCUGCUCCCAAUGCUUUUCUUUUCAAUUCUCACUACUUUCCUAACCAAAAAUAAAGGUAAAAACCAUGAAAAAAAAAUCAUUAUAAAAAUAAAUAAAAUAAGAUGAAAUCACACUUUAAAGGUGAUCAGAGUGGAAAAAGAAUUACAAAUGUACAUAAUGUGCAUGAAAACUGAGUCAUUCGCUCUUUUUCGUGUGUGUUGUUAUGACUGAAACCCAUUGACUCUACCAGAGAAAGAAACAGACACUAUGCAUGUUGUCAAUGGUUACAGGUUUCCAGCUUUUUUCAAAAUAUCUUCUUUUUCUGCUCAACAGAAGAAAGUAAAACUGGUUUGGACCAUCACUUUAAAAAAACAGUAGACUUAAAAAGCAUCUUCAAGUAACCAAAAAGUCUCUUUUGACUUCAUAGAGUGGAAAAACGUUCCAAAUGUGUCAUUAAAACACAUUUGAAAUACAUUAAAACAUCUUUAAUGUUCAGCAGAAGAAAUAAAUAGUUUUGGAGCAACUGGAGUAUGAGUAAAUAAUAACAGAGUUUAGUAUAAUUAUUUUUGGGUGAAAUCUAAUGCACAACCAUGAGGUUUUCAGUGUAAAUAUUUACCUCACCUGUAUCCAUGUUUUUUGUUUGUGUCCUGGCGCUUUGUAAAGUAUUAUGUGAAGAGUUGGUGUAUGUGUGGAUGAGCCAAUGGACAAGAAGUGAUGUAUAAAAUUGUAUGCGAGUAUGUGUGCGAGUGUGUGUAUAUACAUAAAUGAAUAUAUAUAUAUAUAUAUAUAUAUAUAUAUAUAAAAUCUGUUAGUAUUAAUGUGCUCUGUGCAAAGUGCUUAUGUAGCUGGUGCUGUUGUAUGUGAAUGUUUGUUUUUUGUGUUGGAGUGUAAGAGAUCACCCAUCUGUAACUAUUUGUAUGGUCUGCAAAGCGUGCACUAUUACUGCGGCACAACUGCCACAUGCUUUAGAUCCAAGCAUUCCAAUAAAACAGCAGGGAUCAAACCUCAA